UUCUUGAUGAAAUUGCGUCAAUUUCAAUACUUGGUGUUUGUGGAACUUUAGGGUCUGAUAGGAUGGGUGAGCAGAUUCACUGCCAUGUUCUUAAAUCUGGAUUAUUUUCAGAGUUAGAGGUAGCAAACGCGUUGAUCAGUAUGUACUCAAAGUGUUGGAAUAUGGAUGCUGCUAGAAAAGUCUUUAACAUUAUGCCUGCACAUGAUAUAGUUUCAUGGAAUGGCUUGAUUUCAGGGUUCAUUAUUCACAGGCGGGGAGAUGAUGCCCUCACUGUCUGGUCAAACUUACACAAUGCGGGGAUAAAACCUGACAAGAUCAGCAUCCUUUUAGCUAUAUCAGCUUACAAAUAUACUAAAAUGUGUUUGGUUGAUGAGUGUUGUAGAUUCUUUUCGUCCAUGCAAACAGAAUUUGAUAUAGAACCUUCACAGGAGCAUUAUGCAUCACUUGUUGGUGUUUUAGGUUUCUGGGGAUUUCUCGAGCUGGCAGAGAAAACAAUCAGCAAUAUGCCUUUUGAACCGGAGGCUUCAGUCUGGCGAGCUUUGCUUGAUGGAUGUAGAAUCCAUUCCAAUGCAAUUCUUGGUAAAAGAGUUAUAAAGCAUUUACUUUUGAUGGAACCGCGAGAUCCUUCCACCUAUGUGCUUGUCGCAAAUCUGUACUCUGCAUCUGGAAGAUGGCAUUGCUCUGAAACAGUGAGGAAAGAAAUGAGAGUGAAAGGGUUUCAGAAACAGCCUUCACGGAGUUGGGUCAUCCAUCAGAACAAGACUAUAUCAUUUUAUACAAGAGAUAAGUCCCAUUCCCAAGCCAAGGACAUCUAUAGCGGGUUGGAAAUCCUAAUUUCAGAAUGCCAAAAAGCUGGGUACGAGCCUGACACAAGUUUCGUUCUUCAUGAAGUUGGAGAACAUCAGAAAUUGGAUUUCUUGUUCUAUCACAGUGCAAAACUUGCUGCAGCAUUCGGUCUUUUGAUGAAUAGACCAGGAAAACCCAUCAAGAUUGUGAAGAACAUCAGCCUUUGUGGGGACUGCCAUCAGUUCUUGAAAUACACUUCAGCCGUCACAAAUAGACAAAUACUCUUGAGGGAUGCUUCGGGAUUUCACUACUUCUCAAAUGGGCACUGCUCGUGCAAUGACCGAUGGUAAAGCUCAUGCAGGUUAUUCUCCCCGCGUUUUCGAUCC